AGCGCAGUGGGUUUUCUGAAGGCUGUGCCGCGGGCCGCAUGCCAACGUCGCGAGUGACCUCGCGCGACCCUAUUAAUACUACAAACAUCGUCAACCUGCCAUAGUAUCCGACGGGCUUAACCAUGAAGUUCAUCUGCACGUUUUUACUCUUAUCCCUAGUUAGUGUGGCGAAGUCAGCGCCGGCGAAUGGCUUUGUAUUCCCUGAUGAACGGAGACAGGAUAGAAAGCUGGAGCCGAUAAUCACACCUCCAGUCCUACCAGUUUUGGAGCAUUUAGAGCGUGAUCCCAGCACUCUGUUACCUGGUGAGCGUGGUGCAGUGAAUCAUGUGAAACCGAGAUUUGGGUUUGGGAGUGGUUUUAACGUGAAGCCUACCGGCAAUGGAGGUUUGACUGCUAGUAUAAGCAGCAGUGCGAAUGGUGCAGGUGCUAGUCAUUCCGCUUCGCAGUCCUUCUCAUUUGGAUUUAACGAAGGAUUCAGUGCAUCACAUUCAGCGAGCCAAGCGUCUUCUUUCAAUGGAUUCGGAAACGGGUUCAGCGGGAGCCAAGCAAGCAGUCAAGCAGCAUCAUUUAACGGAGCUGGUGCAUCUGGAUCCACUUCUUCGGCCUCCGCUCUAGGUGGCGGCUUCAACGGAUUGUCGGGAAGCCAAAGUGCCUCGUCUGGAUUUGGAUUCAACUCACUGAAUAACUUUCCAAAUGACCCAGUCUCAUUUGGAGACGGUCUUCUAGACGUCAGACAUCGUGGAGUGCCAAACUUCUCGUUCCCUGACCUCGCCAGAAGACACAAAGCUCUCACUGCUGCCACCUUCAAGUCUUUACCUUUUGGGAACAAUGACGACUUCCUAGCUCUACUAGUUUCUAAUUAAACAAUCUAGAAACUUUAUAGGCUUAUGAUGCUCAUUAUAGAUAAAUCCAAAGAAAGGCGCUGGACGCUACAUGAAAAUUGUAAAGAAAGAGACAACUAAAUUAAAAAAUGAAUGGAAAUGAAAUGUAAAUCAAAACUACCUAUAUUCAAAAUGGCGGUAUUCUGCUUCUAAUGAUAAUCAUUAAUAUGAAAACCUAAAUACAAUUAUGUACAUGGCUCAGAAUAACAGUAUUCAUAACAGUAAAUCCUGAGAUCCGUAUGUUUCGAGAAAUAACUUUAAUAAGAUGAUAUAAAAUUUCGGAGUGACAUCAGCUGUGUGUAUUUUUAAGGUGGGACACGAGUUACUAUGGCUACAAAAAAAUGGUUAGGGUCCUAGACAAUAUUUAAACAAUAAUACUCACACACAUUCAUACGCAAACGAGUGUAAAUGCGAUUGCAAGUUAUUAAAAUUAGUUAUAAUUUUUUUGUUUGAAUUAUUUUGCACUUGAAUUGUUUACUUUUUUAUGGGUGGUUCCUGAGUAGGUAUUUCCUUUCCAAAUACUCUAUUAAAAGUAACGAAUACUAAAUCAUCUCAGAUACGCCAUAUACCUACCCGCGAACUACUAAUUAAAUUAUUUCUUUAAAACAAUUAUAAUAUAUGAUAUAAGAAUUAUUAUCACUUAAAUCCUAAUAAAAUUUCCGACACAAGUAGCAAUUAGGUAAUCAACUGUUCACAUA